AUGUUCUUCAAGCCUUCAAGGUUCUGGCUUGUACGAAAUGUCGGUCGACUGCUCAUCCCGGGGGUGCAGCGUGUAGAGUUCUGCAGCCUCAUAUUUACGCUCUCGAACGUCUAUCUCUUUUUCUGUUCGUAUGCACAAGGCUUCGACCAGUGGCGACAAUGUGGUGCCGGUUCCAAACAUUGGCCAAUCAUCUUUGUUUUGGCCAUGCUUCCUCUCUUGUCCCGUCUUAUACAGAGUGUUAGACGUUAUGCGGAUUCUCAUCUGAUCACGCAUCUGAUAAACGGCGGAAAAUACGGGUCUGGAAUCAUUAGCUACCUCUUCUAUUUCCUCUGGAGACAUCAAGGUGGCAAUCACGGUGCAAUUUUCGCCCUUUGGUGCCUCCUCAACACUAUCUAUUCCCUAUAUGCCUCGUCAUGGGAUUUUCUGAUGGAUUGGUCAGUGCUGAAAGCGCACGCUAAGCAUCCACUCCUGCGGAACGACCUUCUGUAUUCUAACUAUGUUCCUAUCUCCAAUGUUAUCAUCAGGUUCAUCUGGGUCAUUUACAUUCCCCAAAGAGGUCCCGAUUUUUACCUGAGGUCGUUCAUUGCUGGGAUGCUGGAGUCCAUGCGCCGGGUGCAGUGGAACUUUUACCGACUGGAGAAUGAACAUCUCGGUAAUAUGGAUCAAUAUCGAGUAACACGAGAAGUCCCGUUGCCCUAUUCAUUGGACGACAUGGGACGUGAUAUGGACGAUGAUGACGUCGACGAUUCCCACUAG